UAACUGUCAAAAAGCUUUCAGGCGAAGCGUGACCUGUGCAUAUUUUUUAAGCUAUAUUACAAAAUUACAUUAUUUAUUUACUUAGAGAAUUGAUUAAAUACUACUAAAUAAUGGCUCGCGAAAGUAGUGCCGGUUUUGAUAGACACAUUACUAUCUUUUCUCCAGAGGGAAGAUUGUAUCAAGUGGAAUAUGCUUUGAAAGCAAUAAACCAGGGCGGUCUUACGUCUAUUGCCCUGCGAGGCAGAGAAGCUGCUGUAGUUGCGGCCCAGCGUAAAGUUCCCGACCGGUUGCUAGACCCGGCCUCUGUCACUCAUCUGUUCAACCUCACUGACCGCAUUGGAUGUGUGAUGACGGGAAUGAUUGCUGACAGCAAGUCUCAAGUGCAACGUGCCCGCUAUGAAGCUGCCAACUGGCAAUAUAAGUAUGGCACAGAGAUCCCAGUCCACAUUCUGUGUCGUCGCAUUGCUGACAUCUCCCAAGUGUACACACAGAAUGCAGAGAUGAGGCCUCUAGGUUGCAGUAUGAUGCUGAUAGCAUAUGAUGAUGAAAGUGGCCCAAGUGUAUACAAGACAGACCCCUCGGGCUACUACUGCUCAUACAAGGCGGUGGCAGCAGGGUCAAAAGCAACGGAUGCCAAUGCCUACUUGGAGAAGAAGCUCAAGAAGCGUUCAGAUCUGAGCACUGACGAAGCCAUCCAACUGGCAAUUUCCUGUCUAUCGCAAGUUCUCUCAGUCGACUUCAAGUCUUCUGAAAUUGAAGUUGGUGUUGUCAGUAAUGAUGCACCAAAGUUCAGAAUUUUGCCUGAAACUGAGAUCGACAGACAUCUAACUGCCAUAGCUGAAAAGGAUUGAGGGGACUGGUUCAAAUAAUUAUAAUGGGAGCUUGUUUCUAUAAUUAAAAAACUUAUGAAACUCUAA